UUCCGUAUACGCAUGCUAUUAUGUAAUAACAGGUAAAGCGCUAGCGAUCUCGCCAACUGUGACCCAAUUCCAUUGCAGCAAGCUACCGUCUGCGCUAACCCAGUGCGACUGAAAGUGAUGUUGCGUGUGUGUGUGUUGCUUUGGGGAGCUAGGCCUUGCCCUUGAUCUCCAAACGAAGAGGAAAAGUGGCGCUCGUCGUACUGUCGGUGCAGUAACCGGGAUUUUGUUGUGCAAUCGGUUCGCCGGGCGAUGUUGGUGGAUGGAUUGGCCGACACUUGUUCAGCCUCGACAAUGAGCAGCGACAAUAGCAACAGCUCGUCGAACGGCAACUCCACGGCCGCACUGCCCGUCGUCUCGUCCGGCGCCGUGCUGAGCUCCUCGGGCCCGCCGCCCCAGCCGCCGCAGCACGGAGCUGCCGAUGGCUACCCGGACGCUCCCGACACCAAGGAGGGCAUCGAGGAACUGUGCCCCGUGUGCGGCGACAAAGUGUCCGGCUACCACUACGGCCUGCUCACAUGCGAAUCGUGCAAGGGUUUCUUCAAACGCACUGUGCAGAACAAAAAGGUCUACACGUGCGUGGCUGACCGCAGCUGCCACAUCGACAAGUCGCAGCGCAAGCGAUGCCCCUUCUGUCGCUUCCAGAAGUGCCUCGACGUCGGCAUGAAACUCGAAGCGGUGCGAGCGGACCGCAUGAGGGGCGGCCGCAACAAGUUCGGCCCCAUGUACAAGCGCGACCGGGCCCGCAAGCUGCAGAUGCUGCGCCAGAAGCAGCUCGCCAUGUCGCAGUGCAGCUCUGCUGGCGGUUCGGAGGCGUCGGGUGCCGGUGGGCCGCUGUCCGUCGGCUCGGCUGCGGCAGUCCACUACGCGCUGCCCCCGUCGGCGUCCGUCUCUUCCCCGGGCCUCUACUCGCCGGAGCCCGGUGGUCCCAUCAAGCAGGAGAUUCAGAUUCCCCAGCUGAGCUCUUCGACGAGCUCGCCCGACUCUUCGCCCUCGCCACUUGCGGGACUCGUGGGUCAGCCCAUGGCGCUGGUGCCGCAGCAGCACCCUACGCAGCAGCAGCAGCAGCAGCAGCAGCAGCAACAGCAGCACCAAGGGCAGCAGCAGCAGCAACCGCAAGGUCCUCCGCCCGGGGGCCCGCCGUCGGCAGCCGCGCAGCAGGGUCACUACGCCACAGCGCCCACCGCGGCCCAGCCGGACAAAACGGCCCCGCCACAGGCGCCGCCCACCCCCGCCUGGCUGACGCAGGGCCCGUCCUCUCCGCCGAAGCCGUUCCCAGCGCCGUACGAGCCGGGCCCUCUGGUCGCCCCCGACGAGGCGAAGGUGCCGCCGCUGGUCCGCGAGUUCCAAAAGAACAUGCUGGACGACAAGGAGUGGCAAACGCAGCUCUUCGGGCUGCUCCAGAACCAGACGUACAACCAGUGCGAAGUUGACCUCUUCGAACUCAUGUGCAAGGUCAUCGACCAGUCCCUCUUCGCCCAGGUCGACUGGGCGCGCAGCACCAUUUUCUUCAAGGACCUCCGGGUGGAUGACCAAAUGAAGUUGCUGCAGCAGUCAUGGAGUGACAUGCUAAUCCUGGAUCACGUGCACCAGCGGCUGCACAAUGGCUUGCCAGACGACACCACCCUACCUAAUGGCCAGAAGUUCUCGCUCGUGUCACUGGCGCUGCUGGGGCUGCCUGCGCUGGCUGACCAGUUACAUGCACUCGCCGCUCGGCUGCAGGAGCUGCGCUUUGACCCCGUCGACUAUGUCUGCCUCAAGUUCCUGCUCCUGCUCAACCCAGACGUGCGGACUUUGAGCAACGUGCGACUGGUGCAUGAAGCCCAGGAACGGACCAAGCAGGUCCACCUCGAGUACUGUCUCAACAACUACCCUCAGAUCACCGACAAGUUUGGCCAGCUUUAUCAGAUGCUUCCGAGUCUGAAGCUCAUCAGCACACGCGGGGAGGAGUACCUCUUCUACAAGCACAUGAGCGGCAGUGCCCCGUCACAGACGCUCCUUAUGGAGAUGCUCCACGCCAAGAAGAAAUAGCAUCCGGCUCCUCCGCCCGCCCCCACGCCCCUCCGCCGGAAACGUCUCGACCGGAAGAACCCCGACCGGAACCUGGCCCGCUCCGCGUCCGUGUGAGAAACAGCGCGCGCCCUCUCCUCCUCCGCCUCUCGUCCUCUGCCCAUUUCGUACUACCCCGCCGGGGCUGCGUCCGGCCCAGGGAGCCAUGUGGCCGGGCCGGCCGCGGCUUCAAGCGGAGUGUGCGGAUGACAUUUUCUCUUGGGAUACAGACAGUAAAAAAAAGUGAGCACGAGAAAGGGGGGUCUGCCUUCUCUGUGCAGGCCCGGCGGUCAGCGGGGAGCGCCUAUGUGAGAGCUCUAGCGUUCAGUAACAAGCUUGUCGUCUCGUGUACACAACACACGUGGAUGUGAUAGUGUGUGCUUGUGCGUGCAUUCAUAUGGGCGUUGAUGCCUGGCCAUCCCCGUGCAUGCGUGCCGAGUGAGUGCAGAUGUAUAGUAUAUAUACAUACAUAUAUAUAUGAAUAUAUAUAUAUAUAUAGAUCCACACACAUACACACACACACAUAUAUAUGUACCUAUGUACCAGUGUACACGAAAGAGAAAUAGAACAACAUUGAGGUGUGCAAAGAACAUUCGGUGCCACCCGACACUUUUGGCUGGCUUGCCUGAUGUGUCGUGUGUGCCACAAAUUCUGCAAGGAGGUGUCGCGAGCUCUACAACUCAACAGGGACUCUGCACAAUGUUACGGAGCUUGUGUUGGUGGUGAGACCUUAAUAGGAGAGGUUUUGUCCUUUUCCUCUUUCCAUUCUUUCGUCUUCUGUCUUUGUCUUGUCUUGUCCCUGUCAUCUUGCUUUUGCUUCCAACUUCCUUUUCUUUUGGACGUGACGGUGUGCAUGCUGUUUUUGUUUAGUGCAUCAGUUCACAAGUUGCAUUGGCAUCAGGCUAGACGAGUGAGUGAGAAAGGACUUUUCUCUUUCCCCUUACGAGACUGGACAGACUCAGGGAAAAGAAAUUUGUGUGAGAGAGAACAAAGAAGAGGGAGACGUCCACCCCACCUGACAUUCUUUGUUUCUUGCAUGGAUGACUGUCACAUGCUUUACCCUCAUUUUUAACUUGCUCGUUAUUCACAGUGGUGUAUGCCAGAUUUGUCUAGAGUAUUUCUUAUAACUAUGUUUCUUCCAUCAUUGCUUACUUUCUUUCAUGUUUUUUCGUGGAGUGACCUUUCGUCUAGUUCAUUGUGCUGGGCACCCCACACUGUCAUUUCUUUUCUUACUGCUGCUAUUAUCACCUCAUCUCGUGAACAUUUUUCAUCCCGCAGAAGAAUCGAAUUUCCCAGCCCGCCUCCUUGUGCAUUAAGCCAUGCCAACCAUCAUCACCAGAGCCGAGCAUCUGUGUCAUCCUUUGUUUUUUAUUGUUAAUGUUUGAUCGCUGCACAGAAUGCUACUUGGAAAGGUUGUGAAAGGCUCCAGUGUUUUCCUUUUUUUUUUCUUACGGAGCAGGAUUGAUGUUCUCGGCACUGUUUCUUUUUUGGAGAAAUAAUACAAAUCGUAGUGGUGACCCUAUUAGGAAUGUGCAAGUGCUCAUUACAUGCCUGACCACGAAAAGUGCAUAAUGAGCCUGAUACUAACAAUUGAACUGGUAUUGUUAUGUCUCCGAGUGUAUCAAGUUCAAUGUUUCAGUAGCUUGCUUGAUCCUUUAUCUUUAGGGACAGAAGCUUUACUAGAAAAAUGCUUAUCGUUUUCUGCUCAGGAUUAUUACAACCUGAAACGCUUUAUAAAAAGUGUCUCUUCUAAAGUGUUAACUUUUGUCACUACUUACAUUGCUGUAGUUUUACCUGUUGUUAUUCAGAAACAUAGGUGCUUUAUUGAAAGCAAGGUAUUUUUGCAACACAUGUAAUUUUUUUUUUUUUGAAAUUGGGAGAAAAUCGUGAUUCAUAGGUUCGAUAGGUGUGAAUUUAUUUAUGGAGGAAAACUAUGUGGUCCAAGUCAUGGAUUUUCGCAUGUCGUUAACAAUUUUCUACAGUUCAGGCUCAGAACUGACUGUGGUCAGCCUAAUGCAGGCAGAAUGGUGCAUUUUCUUUAAUCACUUCCUAUCUUAGCAUACAACAAAAGUCCUGUAUUGCUUGUAAAGCUUAUGCAUGCCACUUGUGCUUUUUGCUGAGGUAGAUAUUGUGUAGAGUAUGCUUAAUUACUCUCUGUUCAGACAUUUGCCCAACCUCUUUCGCUUCUUUUUUUUUUCAGAUAUUUUAAUUUCUGUACAAGUGUUCAAUGCAACACGGAGGUGUUUCUUUUAAUGAUGCCAUGUCUUUCUAUCAAGUUUACUUAGACCCUGUGAACAUCUGGUUUCAUUACUUUAAAGAAUUAACUGAAACAGGUUGAGGCAAAUAUGCUUCCCUCAAUCCCCACGAAAUCUUCUGUUGCAGUGCCGAGGCAUCAUUGGCUGAAGUUAUAAGGUGUGUGUGCAGGUGACUGCCAAGUUUGGACUGUUAGGCUUGUUUGUGGCACAUGCUGCCUCCCUCAUGUUAGGAUGCACUUUCAUGACCAUUUGUGAAAGCUAUAUACUUACAUAGCAAAUACGUGUAGGACUGACUGGGUGCAGCAACAAAGCAUGUUCAACGCAGCUCAAUGUGUUUUAGUUUUGUUUUUUAGCUUGUUCUUUGUUGACGACCCUUGUGGUCAGUGUGUACAUAGACCACUGUCUUUACCACAGAUGUUUUUAUCUUGAUAGCACAGUAGAGGUGCAUACAUCAUUUUAUUUUUUUCCCCCUUUAUGGCGCGAGUUCCUUCAGUGCAUGUUUUUUUUUCUUUGAUAUUGUUUUUGUCAACGAAUAUGUGUGCUUGAAUAUUGAUGCCCUCAUUUGCAAGCAUAUAAACUGAUCACGCCCUUUCUUUUUUUUUUACCGAUUUAUGUAUGAGGAAUUAUUUAGUGUAAUUCCUGUGCAAUACUUUCUUUUUCCAUAAAUCUUUCAAACUGAUUAUGUGAAGGCUUGGCAUUGGAAGCCCCUCAUGUGGCAGCAUUAUCAACUUAACCGAAUUUGGAUGACAGAUGUAAGAGAUUUCAUAGAGAAGCCGUCUUUUUAUUUGACAUCGUGCUUUUUGUGUUUUUCUGCACGCAGUGCACAUUUGCUCGUGAUAUUAGCGUUCCACAGCCAGAAGUAAGCACAAGUUCAUGUCAGUUCAGAUCAUUGUAUUUAAUUGAUGUUCAUCAUGCGCUCCCGUGUUAUAUAGUGUACUUCACAACUGGAGGUUUGCUUUGGCAGCUUUGAACUACUGUGAAGUUUGAACUAAACAAAGAUGAAUAAUAGGCCGUAAGAGCCUGUUCGUUGCAGCACCACUGGUUUGUAUGAAAUGCAGCCUCCAUUGAAUCAUGAGCGCUAAUGUAAUAACAAUUACCCACCAUUUUCCCCAUUUCUGAGGGGAAAACAAAUGAAAACGUGUACAGAUCAUUAGAUUCCAGUCUCUUGUCAUCACGGUUGCAAGUAUUAAGAGAAUGAAUCGGAAGUUGUAACACACCGUCUGCGCCCGCACAUUUUUUGUCUUCAUUUGAACUAGUGCUUUUGUUACAGUGUUGAUGAAGGUCUGAGUGGCUCCCAUUGAACUCCACUGCCAACCUACACACCACGAGGAGUGCAUUACUGCUGCAUGACUGGGGAGAAAAAGGAACAUUUGCAUCACUGUGCUUGCUGUUGCAGCCACGCUGUCAUGUGACCCAUACUGUGCAGAAAGUUUCAUCACGAGCUUUGCUUGCUUCUAGUAUUUGCAGCAGCAAGUUUCAGCUGUCUUGCUGACAUCCCUUUCCUGCUUGCAGUAUUUUUAAAGGGAUGGAUGCUUAAUGCUUUAGUUGAAUACUUGUGUAUAGGCAGGCGCCAUUGUAGUGCAUGAAUGAAUGCAUCCUUUACAUAUUCAUUGACAUGUGGCAGGCUUCUGCAACAUGGGUGUAGUGGAAUUGGUUAUGUGGCAAUUUGAACUGUUUGCCAUGAUUCUACACCAAUUUUUAGCAAGAUUUAAGCACUGUUUCUUCUUUAUUAAAGCGUAGUACAAAUACCUACAUAGAUAUGUUUUUCGGAAGACAUUAGAGGAAGUUCAAACCCAGCUUCUGAAAAGAAGCCAUUACAGUGGACUCUCUUUAAAUGGAACCUCAAGGGACCAGGAAAAUCGGCUCCGUUUAUCAGGAGUUCCAUUUACUGAGAGACAAAGCUAAAUACAAUUGCAUGAAUACAAGACCAACCAACCAUUAAGAUGGUGUUCUGUUUUAAAAAAUUGUGGGGUUUUACGUGCCAAAACCACUUUCUGAUUAUGAGGCACACCGUAGUGGAGGACUCCAGAAAUUUCGACUACCUGGGGUUCUUUAACGUGCACCUAAAUCUAAGUACACGGGUGUUUUCGCAUUUCGCCCCCAUCGAAAUGCGGCCGCCGUGGCCGGGAUUCGACCCCGCGACCUCGUGCUCAGCAGCCUAACACCAUAGCCACUGAGCAACCACCGCGGGUUUGUUCUGUUUAAGAGGCAGUUCCGUUUGAGCAAUUUCCAUUUAUAUAGAGAUUCCACUGUAUUUCAGUUACUUGGGUGAACAAAAUAACACACUUUCGGGUGUCGGCCCCUGCAGUGGCUUAGCAGAUUUGGUGUUGUGCUGCUAAGCACGAAGUCGCUGGUUCGUUCAUUUCGAUGGGGCUGAAAUGCAAAAACAUUUGUGAACUUUGAUUUGGGUGCACGUUAAAGAACCUCAGGUGGUCAAAAUUAAACUGAGUCCCCCAUUAUGGCAUGCCUCAUAAUCAUAUCCUGGUUCUGGCACAUAAAACUCCAGAAUUUAAUUUGAACUCUUGGGUGUCGUUCUCACUUCAUUUAGGUGCAGAGAUGCUAAGUGACUUGUCCUGAUUGAUCUUAUAGCAGUGCUCGUACCUUAAUUUUAUAAUUUGCCGAGCUGCAUUCUACUUGUUUGAUUUUAAUAGUAAUUUUUUUCCACUCUCUUUUAGUAAACCAUGGAGUCGUUCUCACAUUGCCCUGUGUUUAUAGAAA